ACGCCGCAUGACACAGGGGAUUUUGAUUGGGCUGCUGUCUUGGGGCUCAGAAAAACAGGCUACGCCAUAUUGUCAGUUUCCGAAGAGGGCGCUACAUUUCUUCAAAAAUGACAAAAUAGCUGGUUUUAUCAACUGUAGACUGCUAAGAUGGCGCAUAUUGAGGGAAUGGAUGAUGUACCCGUGGAUGAUGGCUCUGCCCAGCAGGGGUCUAGUGUCUGCAUGCGAAGUCGACCAUGCUCCAGCGAGAGAGACGGUCAGGUACGGGCUGUCAAAGCUGCUCUUCAGUCCAGGUUGGGGCCCUACGAGCCCGUCCUGACCUACCUACAGUCCGUCCUAGUGUGGGAAAGACCCGUGCAGUGUGUUCUCCUCUACACUGUGGUCAACGUUGUGUUCUGGUUCUUCGCCCUGACCUCUCUGCGCCUGCUGUUCCUGCUGGCUGCUGGUCUGGCUGUGAUUGUCAGUGUUGAUACCUGGAGAAAUAAGAUCUGGCCUGAGAUUAGAGUCAGAAACCUGGACGAAUCAGAAAACGAGAGCUGGGGUCUGGUGCAGCCUGGCAUCCUCAGUGUGCCUGAACUGUGCCACCACAUCUCUGAGGCCUGGGUCAGUGGCGCUGUCCUCGCAUCCAGUGCAGUGCAGUUCAAACGACUCAACCCCGGCAAGUUCUGCGUCCUGACCUGUGGGGUGUUCACCUGCUUGGCUACGGUUGGACGCUGCAUUCCUGGAUUGGCGCUCUCCUACUCUGCUGUGUGGGCGACUCUGCUGGCUCCUCUGGGAGCCUAUCACAGGGUGUUUCAGUAUGUGUGUGUGAAGCUGGAUCCCGUCCUGCAGCGACUGGACUUCAGUGUUUGUGGAUACAUGAUGUCAAAGCCUAUUGAUAAUCAGUUCCUGCGGAGGCCUCUCCGUGGUGCAGGGGAAGACAGUGAUAGUGAGGAGGAGCUGGCUGCUUUCUGCCCAACCUUUGAUGACGCUAUUGUUGCGAAGGAACUUGCUCUGACUGAUUCUGAGCACUCUGACGCUGAGGUGUCCUACACUGAUAAUGGAACAUUUAACCUAUCGCGAGGCCAGACGCCGCUCACAGAGGGCUCUGAAGAUUUUGACAGACACAGUGACGCUGAGGAAUCCUUCGCCCAAGACCUCCCAGACUUCCCCUCCAUAAACCCGGACGCCACUUUGAUGGAUGACGACGAUGACACGAGCAUGGAUCUACCUAGUCUGGCUCUGUCUGCGCUCGUUAGUCACCGGGCUUCAAUGCUGGAUGUAGAUUCUCAUCUGGACUCUGAUCAGGAGGAUCUGGAUGAAGAACUUUCUCUCAGCGGCCUGCCACCUGCCUCUGAUUUCGCCGGAGACUUGGCCGGAGUCAUCGCCAGCAACAUGAUCCAGGCAGCGCUGGCCGGGGCGUUGCAACCUCGGCCUUCUGCUACCCGGCGCAGAGAAGGCCCUCCCAGGGCCGGAACCCACCGAAGCUACCGUAAGCAGUCCAGCUCCGAGCUGGACACAGACUUGGACGGAGAGGACUUUGAAAUGCUGGAUCAGUCUGAACUGAACCAGAUGGAUCCCCUCGGAGGAGGAGGGGGUUCUAGACGGGGAGAGAGCCAGGGGUCUAACUUCUUGUCUAGCUUUCUGGGUAAACCACAGUAACGUGUGUGUGUGUGUGUGUGUGUGUGUGUGUGUGUGUGUUGAAGAGAGAGUGUGUCUUUAUGUCUGUGUGUUUGAGUGCAACCUCAUGAGCAGUGUUGAUGUUGCGCUGUGAUUGUAAGAGAUGAUCUUUGGUUCCAGCAGCCCUGCUUCUGCUCGACAUCAGUUUAUCACUGUGAAAAUCUUUUUUUAAAACUCUUUUCUCUCGUACUUUUAAACCCCGAUCAUCCGGAGAACCUUUACUUUGUAGGCUGAGCAAUAGGUAAUGAAACGACACACAGAAAAUAAACCAGCAUUAUUGAGCCUUGUUGCAGUCUUGUAAUUAUGUGCACCCUUAAGUUACAGGGGAACUUGUUAAUGACUAUAAAUAAACAGUGCCCGUAAAUCUUUUCUACCUGCAGGUGGAGACACACAGGGCUAUUUAACAUGGGACCAAAUAUGACAUUCCUGUUGGUUGAGCUGAGCCUUGUUACUUUGACACGGUACAGCAUUACAUGUUGAAGUUUGUUUUAGUCGUAGGAACCCUCACAUUUAGUCCGAACCAGCUGCUAUUAGUGCUCUGCUGUCUUUUCAAGCAACGUGGCUGUUAGUUCAAAUCCUGCAACAUUAAAUAUAUCAUCUUACACUUAACAGUUCUUUACUGUUUUCCUUUUCUGCUGUCCAACAUAUGAAGACAUCUCUGUGUAUCUUUGGGAGCUUCUUUUCCUCUCAUUACAGUCUUAAGAUAUCGAACCUCGAGGAACACUUCAUUAUAUGUCCGUUCGUUGUAUUUAUGAACUUGUUCCCCGCAGAGAGGGCCGUUUCUUUUGUUUCCCCGCCCUUUAAAACAGCUCGCUAACAUAUUCUGUCCAUGUUUAAUUCCUUAAACGAGCCCUCGGCUUCUUUGCGUCUUUUUCUUUUUCAAAAGUAAUAUUUAAACCGAUGUCUUACUUUCUUUCAUCAUCCCUGUAUUUCAUGUGGUUCAGUCAUGCUGAACCUUUUUAAGAGAAAAAUCAAAUUCAAUUCAUGGAUCUUUUUACCAUUUUAAUGGGGAAACGUUUACAUCAAAAUUGGUUAGAGAAAGUUAUCAAGAGUGUUAUUAUGUAAAGGUUUAAAGUGGCUUUUGUGUGCUGGUCAGCCUGUUUGUUUGUUUUCUGAUUGAAAACCAUGUCAACAUGUU